AUGUCUCCUUCCCAGUGGCUGCGCGAUAGCAUCUCUUCAAUAGACAGCUUCUGCUGGCGCCAGAGCCAUUUUGCCGCUCCCGUGCAGUAUUCUAUCCCCACAAGCAAGUGGAACCGGUACGAGCCGCUGCGGAGGAAGUGGAAACUCGAGGAGAAAAGAGACUUUGCUCGCUUAAUUCCAGGCGACGCACGCACCUACAACUAUUCAGAAGAAAAGCCCUACCUGGAGAUGUACGCAUCGUCUCUCUACUGCAUCACCAAGAAAAAGGGUGGAUGGGACUGCUUGCGGCACUAUGAGAUUUUGCUGGCGGGCUGCGUCCCAUACUUCUUCGAUAUUGGCAACAUGCCCCGCCACAGCAUGGUGCAUUUUCCUCAUCACCUUAUUCGGUUGCUCAUGCAACUUCCCGGGGUGCCCAGCGAGGAUGUCCUGGCUGCCAGGUUAAGCAGGAAUGCAAACGUUGCGAUUGAUCGGGCAGUGUUUCCACACGGUGAGUACGCGAGCUUGCGGGCGGACAUGCUGUCGUUCGUGGAAAGUCAUCUGCUUUGUUCACACAGAGCUUCGGAUCUUUAUGGUUUGAAACCACGGGUAUUCGUACACUCGCAAGCAACCAUUGAGAAGCCAGUAGACUACUUGAGGGACCUGCUCUUGGUUGGUUUCUUGGAACUCGGGCAUUCCGUGUAUACCACUUUCAACGCAAGCUACAUCUUCGAGGAUUUCGACGUGUCCAGUCUUGAUGCCCCCUGGGGCGUGUCGUACGGCCGAGGGUUUCUGUAUGAGCAAGCUGUGCCCUCGACAUACAGGCACCUCUAUACUUUCUGGGCGCGCGGAGAUCCUCCUCCAAAGGAACCUUUCUCAUAUAUCAAGACUACUUACAACAAUAAACCUUACCCGAUUGAGACCUUUUUCGACAAGCCCGUCGACACCAUUGUAGAUGGUAAUGAUAUUUGGGGAGCGCACCCUGAGCCUGUCGAUGCAGCAGCUUGGUACCGGCGCGAACUCUCUGACUGCCACCGAUUGAGCAAGCCAGCACAGGUAGUGCUUGGCAUCUUGAACUCAGGUGUCCUGUGGAACUGUGAAGCAGCUCCGGGAAGCCACUUGUGUCCCAGCCUGCAUGAUGCUGCUCGCAUCUGGAAGUAUGGCUUGCAGAUGACCGAAGAGUUGGGAAUGCAGACGCAAGGUUGGAGGAGUCCAAGUGGCACAGAACUCCUGCUUGACAUUGAAGAUUACCUCCGCACACCUCACUAUUUCCCCGAUUUUGUGGAGAAGUUUUUGAUUCUGGCCACGAACUCACGGCAGCUGAUGGAAUGGUACCGCCAAGUGGCCGAACAAACCAGCGAUGCUCCCGGCACGAAGGGUCCCGCGGAGGUCCCAAUCACUCGCGGGUGA